AUGAAGGAAUCUCAGCUGUGUUUAAGAGGUUUGUCGAAAUUCGGCUAAAGUAUAUCUGAGAGAUUGGCAGAAUCUUAUCACGGUUAAGAUGACAAGGGCUUCUAUGAAAAAAUAGAGGUAGUUGAGGAUUUUGACAUUGUUAAAUUGAAUGAAAGAUUACUGAAUAAGAAGGUCAUUCAGCUCUAGAUUAAUCUUUGUUUGUUCUUGAGAUUAAAGGAUAAUCCUCAAGAAUUAGAAAUUUUCAGAACACUGACCGCUCUUGAUUCUGUGAGGAUUUUAAGGUUUCAGAAUACAUCAAGCUAUAGUUAUACUAUGAUAAAUAAGGAAUUAGAUAAUUGGGAAGUUCACACCUCAAUUAAUAAAAUACUGCUUGAAAACAAUAAAUUCAAAGUCAAACAAGCUGACAGAUUCUUAAAGAAAGUAGUUUCAUUGAGAUCAAUAACAAACUUGCAACUGGUUGGCUGCCUUUUCAACAGUCAAAAUUUUCAAAUCCUGAUAGAUGAACUUGCCAAUAACAAUGAAAGUUUGAGAUCUUUGACCAUUUCAUGUUUAAGAUUCUUUCAAGAAUUAGAAACAGACAAGAAUCAUUAAAAGCAGAUGCUUGAUAAUCUGGCUAAUUCAAUCAAGGGAUAAAGAUACCUUAAGACAUUGAAGCUAAAUUAGAAUGAAGGAUGCAUUGACUUUUUAAAAAGUGUGAUUGCUAAUAACAAUACUGUCCAAAAGUUAAGCCUAAGUCAAUGUGACCUAAGAGAUAAUAACUUCUUACUACUUCUUGAGGCUUUUCUAUAAAACCAAACUCUACAAAGUAUUGAUCUCUCUCACAACAAAUUGAAAGCAUAAAGUGGAAGACACUUGAAAGAUAUCAUAGCAUCCAAUCCUGUUAAUCUGCAAUCGCUUAUUCUAAAUAACAAUGAACUUGAUGAUAGGGGAUUUUCAUAUGUCUUAGAAGGGAUGGAUGCAUCUCAAUCUUAGCUAAUAAACCUAGAUGUAUCUUAAAAUCACAUUAGAUUUGAAAACAGCCUUUUAACACAGAGCUUGAUAUCUAUCUGUAAAAGAAAGCAUUUGAAAAAUUUGAUUCUUUCUCACAAUGCCAUUACUCCAUUAGGAUGCGAAAAAUUAUUAUAAUUACAUGAAUAAAUGGGCAAUAGAUUAUUCGAUGCACUGCAUCUUGACACGAACAAACACAUCAAAGAUGAUGGUGCUGUAAUAAUAUCAUAGAUUAUUGAAAAGUCAUUGCAAAUAAGGCAUGUUGGGUUGAUAAACUGUGAGAUUAGUGAUAGAGGAGGAUAAGUUAUUGCUAAUUCAUUAUCAAAGAAUGAGUCUCUCUUUAGUUUGCACUUAGGCUUUAAUCCUAUCUCUUGUGAGACUGUUGAGAGAAUGAGUGACUCUCUUAAAGUUAACUAGACUUUAAAGAUUUUGUAAAUGCACUUCUGUUCUAUAGGGGAGAGAGGUGCAUUAUCUUUAGCUUCAAGUCUCUAGGUCAAUUCAAGACUGACAAGAUUGAUCUUGAAAGCAAACCCAAUCGGUAAUAAAGGUUGUUAAGCUAUCUUGACUAGUCUUAAAUUCAACCAUUCGCUGAUUGUUAUCAACUUAGAAGAUUGUGGACUUUUACAAUUAGAUGAGGGGGUAUGUGAAGCACUUUCAGUAAAUAAAACCUUAGAGGUACUUUGGAUAUGCAACAAUUAACUGGGAGAGGGCACUGGAAAAGUAAUGGCUUAAGUUCUUGAGAAUAACAGUAUGCUAAAAAUAAUAAAUCUCUAGGGAAACUUCUUGAAUGACAAAGAUGCGGAAGAACUAUUCUAUGGUCUGAGAAAAAAUACAACUUGCAGGCAUCUGUCCCUAAAUACUAAUUCAUUUAGCGAUCAAGGUAAAAAGCUUUUGAAUGAUGAAAAGAAAAAUCAUCUCAUUAACAGAAGCAGAUUGAUAUUUUGA